AUCCGACAAUAGAGAUGCUGUAUAUCGGGGUGUACAGAGCGCUCUAUGAGUACUCUGCACAAGCUGAAGAAGAACUAAACUUGCAGCCCGAUGAUUUGUUGUACUUACUUGAGAGAUCGGAUAUCGAUGAUUGGUGGAAAGUGAAAAAGAGAGUGUUACCAUCAGGCAAUGAAGAAGUUGAGGAGCCAGUGGGAUUGGUGCCAUCCAAUUACAUUGAAGAGGCACCUGUGCUUAAAACAGCAGCAGCUUUAUACGACUAUGACAAGCAAACUGAAGAUGAACUCUCAUUUGCUGAAGGUGAAAUUUUUCAAGUGUAUGAUUUGAAUGAUCCAGAUUGGAUAUUGGUAGGCGAUGCCAAUAAGCAGAGCUUUGGAUUUGUGCCUUCCAACUACAUUGAUUUGAAUGGACAAGCACAAGCUCCACCACCACAAACACAGCCACAGCAGAAACAACCUGUUCCUAUCAGCAACUUUGCUCCUCCUCCGGUUCAUAAGGAUAGAACGGUUUCUCCAGAGGCUGAACCUUUCGAAAAUCACGUACCAGAACCUUCAUCAGCUCGUCCUCCAGCUGUACAAAGAGAAGUGGACGUGGAUGGGAACGACGACGAGGAAGAGGCACCACCACCAAUGCCGUCUAGACCUGUUGUGGCCGCUGAUAAGCCAGUUCCAGAGCUCCCUCCCAGUGGUCAGAAUGAGCGCGAAGAAGAUCUUCAUACUGGUGGUCAGGAACAUAAGUUUGAUGGUGAGUUCUUCACAUGGUACAUUGACGAAGUAGACGGUCGUAAAAAGCGGUCUGUUGUAUUUUCUAUUGGCCAAGGUAUGAUCAUAAUUAGACCUAAUACGACCAAUAACCAAUGGCGAAUUAAAGAUUUAAUCGAUUUUAGCCAUGAGAAGAAGCAUGUAUUCUUGGAAUUCAAGAAUCCCAAGACCUCUAUUGAGUUACAUGCUGGAUCCAAAGACGUUGCUGAAGCCAUAAUGUCUAUCGUUGGGGAUCUUAAAGGAGCCGAGUCUGCUCGUGGGUUGAAGGAAGUAGCUAGAGCUUCACACGCCAGUACCGGAGAAAACAAUAGAAAAAUGGGUAGAUUAAUGUUUGAUUUUGAGGCCCAGGGUGAUGAUGAAUUGAUGAGUAGAGAAGGCGACGAAGUCUAUAUUAUAAAUGAGACCAAGUCUAAGGAUUGGUGGAUGUGUGAAAAUAUCGAUUCUGGAAGACAAGGCGUAAUUCCAUCUUCUUACAUCGAAAUAAUUGGUACUUCCAAUUUAGAUAAAUUGACAGAUGGACCCCAGAGAAGAAAGUCAAACAAACGGAGUAGUACCAAGGGAAGGGUUGUGGACAACAAUAAAGAGCAUCUGCAUCAUCAUCAUAAUCGUGGCAGAGAAGAAAGAGACAAGAUUAGAGAAAAGGAUAGGAUUCAAAGGGAUAGGAAGCAUACCUCAUCGAAGGAUGAGCAGAAUGAUAAAUCAAUGCCAAACUACCACAGAGUCAGAACCUGGAUCGAUAGUUCUGGCUCGUUCAAAGUUGAAGCUGAGUUCUUGGGAUGUGUUGAAGGAAAGAUCCAUUUGCACAAGACGAAUGGAGUAAAGAUUGCUGUAUCUGCGACAAAGUUAUCGAUUGAGGAUUUGGAGUACGUUGAAAAAGUUACAGGCACUUCUUUGGAAACUUACAAGCAAGAGGUCAAUAAACAAAUGUUGAAGAGAUCCAAAUCUAACAAGUCUCCAUCUAAGAGCGGUACUAAUGAAGGUUCAUCUGGGGCUAUUAAUGGCAGUUCUGGAGCUAAUGGUGCUAUGGCUGUUACCAAGUCUCAUUCUGCUACUGCUACUAUUAACAAUAUCACACCACCACAACCUUCCAGACCCAAAGCCACUACCAAGGUUACUACGACGAGUGAACCAGAAUAUGACUGGUUUGAGUUUUUUCUUCAGUGUGGAGUGGAUAUUGGUAACUGUCAGCGUUACACUCUUAACUUCAACAGAGAGCAGAUUGAUGAAAACAUCUUGGAAGACAUCACACCUUCUCUUUUGCGUACGUUAGGAUUGAGAGAAGGUGACAUCUUAAGAGUUAUGAAAUUCUUGGACAAUAAGUUCAACAGAAAAAAGAGUACUUCUGAAGAAACAGCUCCUACAGGUGGACUUUUUAUUGACCCUAAUGGAGCCUUGAAGAACAACAGUUCAAGUGCUGAAGUUUCGAAGCCGGCCCCAAAGGAAGCUGUUGCACCUGUUGGAUUAACUCCUUCGAAGCAAUUUGAAGACGACGCUUGGGCUGUUAAGCCCGCAGCCAGGUCUACAGACGAUCUUUUAAAACCAAGUUCUCAACCUCAGACUCCUCAAUACACUGGUUCAUUACAAGAUUUGGUGAAUAUCAAGCCAUUAGAUCUGAGCAAUAAUGCUUCAAGGCCCGUUCCACCAAAACAGGUUGACGGACCAUCGGCACCUGCAUUAGCACCAGUCAAGACUGGUACGUUGAUUCAACCAGGGCAGCAGUUUGCUGUUCAAAAGCCAAUCUCAACGCAGGCUACUGGGCCACUUAUUCCCGUUCAAAAGACUGGUUUGGUGCCUAUUCCUACUGGAGGAUUGAUGACAGCUCAACCUACUGGGUUUGUACCAAUUACAGCUCAGCCCACGGGAUUCAUUCCAAUUCAAGCCACUGGAAUUUUACAACCUCAACUUACGUUUGGUAUUACUAGCUUUGGUCAACCUGUGUUUGUGCAAGCAACUGGACCAUUACCAGGACAGAUUACUGGCGGCCUACCACAGACUAGUUUCAACAAUCAGCCUUUAGUUCCUAUUCAGAGAACUGGGCCAUCAGUUGUUCCAGCACAAAGAACUGGAGGUUUUGUUCCACAGUCGGCAUUUGGCCAACAAAUAACGGGAGGAUUUGCUGCUAAUCAACCUCCUCCGAACACCUUUAGUCAACAGUUAACAGGGGGAUUGCCUCAAACAUCGUUUGGAAAUCCUACUGGAGGAAGCUUGUACAACCCAGUUGUUCAGCAACAGCCAGUCGCAACAUUUGGAGGACAAACCACAGGUGGUUUCCCUCAGACAUCGUUUGGACAACCCCAGCAAAAUGGGUUUUCUCCAUUUGGACAGCAGCAGCAGCAACAACCACCUCAGUUACAACAGGCCACAACAUUUAGCCUGUUGCCUCAACCUGCAUUUAACCAAUUUGCUCAACAACCACAGCAGACUGCUUUCAACCAGUUUGGCCAACAGCAGCCUAACAUGAACCAGUUGAGUAAUAUGUUCCAAAACACCAAUAUAGCUCCAGUAAACAACUUUGCUCAACCACAGCAAACUUACCCAAACACUUCAUUUGGUGUUCAGCCACAGCCACUGUUUGAAGGCUUUAACAACCAACCUUUGCAGAGUCAACCUACUGGGGUUGGGUUUGGAAAUGCUCCAUUGCAGACACAGCAGACUGGCGGUAGAAGAGCCAAUCUUUCUGCUGCUACACCUGAUAAUCCUUUUGGAUUCUAAGAAUAAUAGGGUCUAAAAGAAUUGCAGUAUAGAAUUCGUUCGAUUUACAUAUGUCAUCUACCUCUACAAGUUAGCUUCUUCUACAAGGCAACUCUUCUAAAGUCAUCAUACAUCUAUAUUUC